AUGAUUAAAUUUAUCUUAAUCUUAGUCUGUAUUAAACUUGGAUAUAGUUAUCCGGAAGAUGCACCGAAUAGUGCCUGUACUUCAAUGAUGCUUCAUCACGAUGUUGUACCAAAACAAUGUCAACCCAAAUAUAUUAUUCAAUCGGACACCUCUGAAUAUGAUAUUAAUGACAUUAUUCGAAUUACUGUUCGUGCUUCAACAAAUAUUGAUUAUUUUAAAGGAAUUCUUUUAAUCGCAGUAAAUCAAAAUAGUCAACAUAUUAUUGGUACUUGGUCCACAACAAAUUCAUCAAUAAAAACAAUUUCUUGCGAUGGAACAAAAAAUGCUGCUAUAACUGAUUCAUCAGCUGAUAAUAAGUUACAAAUCGAAGCACUAUGGCAUGCACCAUCAAUCCUAUCUGAAGACAAAACUAUCAUUAAAGCAGCAAUUGUAACAUCAUAUGAUGAAAUUUAUGUUGAUUGUUUUACUAUUACAUUAACACCUAAACAAGUAUUACGUAUUCCAUCAGUAGCAACAGAUACUGGAAGAAGUAUAUUAACAAAAACAAAAACAAAUAUAACAUGGCAUUAUACUGAAGAUACAGUAACAGUAACCGUAGCAGCAGGACAUAUGAAUAUUCGUGAAUGGAUAGCUAUUGGUUUUUCACUUGAUCAAGAAAUGGGUGAUGAAUAUGUAUUUAUAUGUCAAGUUCCAUCAACAGGUAUUGCAUCACUUCGAAGAAUGCAUACAAAAGCUGGCAAACGACCUCCAACAGCGUCUGAAGUAGCAGUAAAUGUAAUUGAUGCAAAAUAUGACAAUGGUUUCGUUACUUGUCAUUUUUCAUUUGAAACAACUUCUGAACAAGCUAAUAAUGAAUCAGCACCGAUUGUCAUAGAAAAAGAUUACCAUCUUACUUUUGCUGGUGGAAUUUUAAGAACAGACGAACAAGUAGCAAAACAUAAUUUUACAUUUGUUUCAUCUAAAACUUAUCAAUUACAAAACGCUGAAACUAUUAUAUUUGAUGAUUCAGAUACAAAUAUAACUGACAAUAAUAACACUUUAUCAAAUUCGACAGGUAGUUCUUUGACUACGACUACAACAGCUUCACCAACAAAUGAUGUUGGAGUUAAUGUUAGUUGGACAUAUGCUAAUGGCAUAACGACAGUGAAAAUGGUAAUUAAUAAUUUAAAAAUAUCUCAAUGGUUUGCAAUGGGUAUUUCGCUUGAUGACUUUAUGGGAGAAGAUCAUGUAUUUAUUUGUCAACAUUUAAGUAAUAAUACAAUAUCUCUUCAACGUUUUAUUAAUCCAGGUGGUCAUUCACGACCAAUACCAGCUAGUACAAUGGCCGAUCCAGGUGGUAGUUUCAAUGUUACUCUACAAAAAUUGGAAAAUGGUAUAACCUAUUGUGAUUUUACUUUAUCAAAUUUUGUUGACAUAUCACGUCAAUCACGUCAAAAUAAUAUUCCUAAACUUUCUCAAACAUCUAGGUAUCGACCACUUAUAGCUAUUGGAAAUAUGGCUAGUUCAAAUGUGAUACUCAGACAUGCACACGAUUCACGAAUACCAUUAAAACGAGACGUUUUCCUUAAUCGACAAGAAACAAUUACCUAUAAUGUACAUUCAACUGGAUCGGAUUCUACGGGUUUAAUGAAAGCACAUGGUAUUAUUAUGAUAUUUACUUGGAUAGUCCUUGUUUCAACUGGUAUUCUUAUUGCACGUUAUUUUAAAUUAUCAUGGUCAAAUAAAAAAAUAUGUAAUAAAGCAGUUUGGUUUGCCAUUCAUCGUGCAAUCAUGACUUGUGUUGCUAUAUUAACAUUAAUUGCAUUUGUUUUGAUUCUUGUCUAUAAAAAAGGACAAUGGGUACCACAACAUACUAAAAUUGAAUUUGUUCAUUCAAUAUUUGGUAUAUUUGUCAUUAGUUUUUCUGUAAUUCAACCAUUUAUGGCAUUAUUUCGCUGUAAUCCAGAUGCUCACUAUCGGUUUAUAUUUAAUUAUGCACAUGCAACUGUUGGUUUUAGUGCACUUACAUUUUCAAUAGUAGCCAUAUUUUUAGCAAUGUUUUUCACAGAACUUAAUUUUCAAUUGAAGAAAGAAUGGGCAAUUCUAGUUGUAUGGUUAUGUUGGUUACCGAUUAUAUUUAUUAUAUUUGAAGUAAUUGAAAUUUAUUUUCCAAAAUUUUCACCAUCAAUAGAAAACGGAAAUUCAAUUGCUAUGUAUGAUCAGUUAGGAAGUAAUACAACGAAAACAGAAACAAUAUCGGUGGUCAAACCUCGUAAAAAAGACCGAAUUAAACUGUUUGCUCUUUUACUUCAUAUUCUAAUUGCUAUUGGGUUAGCAUUAGCAUUAAUGAUUCUUAUUGGACGAUCAUAG